AUGAUGCGGUGGAUGAGCACCACGGCGGGCGCCGUCAAGAAACAGCGCCUGCCGCUCGAGGGCAUCCGUGUCGUCGAGUGCGGACACUUGAUCGCUGGUCCGUUUGCAGGCACCAUCUUGGGGUACUUUGGGGCCGAAGUGAUCAAGAUCGAGCCGAAAACAGGAGACCAAGUGCGCGAGUACCGCAUGGUGGACGACGAGCACCGCACGUCGCUGUGGUGGUAUUCGAUCGCUCGCAACAAGCACAGUGUGUCAGUGGACCUCAAGAGCGAGAAAGGACAAGCCAUCGUGAAGCAGCUUGUGGAGAAGAGCGAUGUCGUCAUUGAAAACUUUCGGCCGGGCAAGAUGGAGCAGUGGGGACUCGGGCCGAAGGAGUUUGAAGUGUCCAACCCAGGCUUGAUCUAUUCUCGCAUCAGUGGAUAUGGCCAAACUGGGCCAAACAAAGGCAAGCCGGGGUUCGCGAGUGUCUGCGAAGCGUUCGGUGGAUUUCGAUACGUGAAUGGAUUCCCCGAUCGGCCGAGCGCGCGACCGAAUUUGAGCUUGGGGGACACCAUGGCGGGGCUGCACGCGGCGCUUGGGAUCACGAUGGCUCUGCUUGGUAAGGUGCGCCACCCUGCCGGGACGGGUCAAGUCGUCGACGUCGCCAUCUACGAGAGCAUGUUCAACGUGCUCGAAGCUAUCGUGCCCGAGUAUUCGUACAACGGAACGAUCCGGGAAUGCUCUGGGUCGACCAUCACAGGCAUCGUGCCUUCCAACACGUACCCGACGCUGGACAACAAGCAAGUGGUCAUUGGCGCCAACAUGGAUUCGCUCUACGUCAAGAUGAUGGACUUGAUUGGGGAGCCAGCGCUAAAGGCGCAUAGCACGAAUACGAUCCGAGUCGUGCAUCAGCAAGCGAUCGACGAAGCCAUUGCCAAGUGGACAAAGACACUGCCUCUCGCCGAGAUAGUACGACAGCUUGAUGCGGCCGCCAUUCCCGUGGGCCCGAUCAACUCGGUUGCUGAUAUGUCCACCGAUCCCCACUUUGCCCAUCGCGAGAUGUUUGAACCGGUCCAAGUCCCAGGGCAUGGCAAACCACUCAACAUUCCGUCCAUCAGUCCCAAGUUGCAGGCGACUCCAGGCCGGACCAACUGGCCGGGUCAACCGCUUGGCAGCGGCACGCGACGCGUCCUCAAGGAAGUGCUGGGGCUGUCGGACACCCAAGUGGAUGCGCUAGUUAUGGACAAAGUCGUGUUCGAGUCCCAGGCGUCGAGUUAG